AUGGGUGAAGUGACUUGCCAGAGAAUUGUAGGUGAUGAUGAUGGAGGAAAGCUCUUUACGCCAGAGGAAUAUGAGGAGUACAAAAGGAAAGUAUUACCAGCUCGGCUACAGAACAGGUUGUAUGUGAGCUGGAGAUCACCAGCUGGCAUGGACUGUAAGCUUGUGGGACCAGAGACACUGUGCUUUUGCACUCACCGGUAUAAACAACACAAAACAGACUAUGAGGUGCUUCCCAAAGAGCGCCCUAUCUGUGUGCCUUGCAGUGCUCUGCCCAGGGUAUUGGGUGUGUGCUGCUCUAGUCACCAAUAUCCUCUGACUAAUGAUCUAAUCCCAAGAGUGGUCCUUUCUCUUUUAUACAGCUUUUUCAUGCACCUGGAUGCUUCAAUCCCAUCACCAUCUCACUCAUUUAUUUGUUUCUCAGGUUCCAAGUGUUCAGGCUUUCAUAGCUGCUUUACCUGUGCAUGUGGGCAGCCAGCAUAUGCUCAUGAAACUGUCGUGGAAACGAAAGAGGAGCGCUUAGCCCAAGGAAAGCCCGUGGGGCAGGAUGUUCCUUACGCUGCCAUGGGAGGACUGACUGGUUUUAGUUCGCUAGCAGAAGGCUACAUGAGGCUUGAUGACAGUGGAAUAGGUGCUCCUUCUGCUGAACUUUUAGAAGCCCCCAUUACUAGCAUGGAUCAUCCAUUUCUAAAAGCAUUCCAGGGGCCUUCGAGUUCCACUCAAACCAUGCCACAAAUAGCAGGUAGUUCAAGAGGCACAGGGCAAGUUUCUCAUGGGAAACAAUCAGAAGCUGAUGACAUGGCUUACUUUGAAAAACGCUAUCAAGAACGGCUGAAAAUGGAGAAAGCUGCUAAACGGGGAGAGAGGAAUCCAGUACCAUCAAAGAAGCCGUGACAUUAAUGAAUAAAUAUUUAUUAUUUGGCACAUUGCUCAUUAUUGUGUUGAAUAUUUUUCUCUGUGCCUACCCACACACCUUUAUUUAUUCAUUCAUUCAUUUAUUGUUUUGUUCUUUUGCUGAAAUUAAUUUUUAAUUAUCUCUUUGUAAUAAAAUUGGUUCUUUAA